AUGGCUGACCAAAUGGACGAUUCCCUCACCGAGGACAUCUGGGCGUCGCCCGGCCCGGACGGCCAACCUGCUCCGUCGUCUGACCGGCCCAAGACCCCUGCCACCCCGAAGACCCCUAAAACGCCCAAGACACCCGCGAACCAACCCACGCCCUAUGAUCGAGAGGCUUCUUUGCGUAAGGAGUUGGAGGGUGUUCGCAAUAUCAAUGCCGCCAUUGAGGGCAUUAUCAACACACUCGACAAGGCCAAAGGCAAUAUGAACACCGUCUCUGGUACCGUCUCAAACGCUUCUACUCUCCUCAACACCUGGACGCGUAUCCUAUCCCAGACCGAACAUAACCAGCGACUGAUCCUCAAUCCGAAUUGGCGCGGCGCAACCCAGGACUUGGCAGAAAUCGAGGCCGAGACUGUCCAGAAGCAGCAGCAAGCUGAGAGAAGGGCCGCCGAGGACGAGAGACGGCGUGAAGCGGCUCGUCGGAAGCGUGAAGAGGACGAGGAGGACCGGCAGAGACAGGCGGCAGUUGGCAGCUCAACGCGCGGUCGACACGACGGCUACGCGCGGCGGCCACAGCUAUUCAAGUAG